GGUUGAAGCUUACCUGUCGCAGACUCCCGCCGCCGCCAGUCGCAGUGACCGACAACUGCCAUGUGUGUGUGCUCUGCGACGAUGCGUGCAUUGACGGAGGCGGCCUUUCCGAUCGCAGGGCCUGGCGUCUUUGCGUGUCCUUUGCGUUCCCUCUCGUGCCAAGGAUUACUGGUCCGCUGAGGCCUUGGUGGGCAGCUUAUCUAUCCAGGAUUCUUCCGCUUGCCGAGUUGAACUUGAUGAACGUGAAGCGGGCCGUGAGUGCUGGAGCCCGCGUGUCCGAUGCCUGUUACUUCCUCUGCAUCAUAGCUGGUAUGUAAGCUAUAGAAGUGGUGAGCACUGCAGGGCCCUGCGCUAGCUAGAUGGAUGCAUCGCCAUCGAUCGAUGGCCUGCCUGCCUGCCUGUGCUGUAUGCUGUGUGUGCUGUGUGUGUUGUUAGGUGAAGUGAUUGCUUGUGCGUUCUUCGUCGUGCUCGCGAAGCAGCUGUUUCUAGAUGCGUACUUCACCUUCCCCUCCUUUUUGCAUGCCCUCCUCAGCGCGCCGCUGCUCCUCCUCUCCUCGCUCAGCAAGAACGGACUCCUCAUCGGCGGCCUCGGCGCUCUCAAGCACCUCUCCCACUCCGCCGCCCUUGCGGGCUUCUACACGUCUUUCCUCCAGUCACUCUCGUACAACACAGCCUCCCAGGCCACCGCAGCUCUCUACCUGACGUCCGCUGUCCUGUUUGCUCUCCGGUAUAGCGACACACGGCGGCCGCUGCUGUGCCUGUUCAUCGUCUGCGUGUCACUGAUCGACACGACUGGCCUGACGAUGGCCACCGACAGCCCCCCGUUUCGGGAGGUGCAGUGGGUGGGCAGCGGGUGGCUGGUGCUGUCAGUUGUCUUUUUGCUGCUGACGACUAUCCAUGGGCUGAGCGGGUCACGCCGGAAGCGCGUCAAGGGCGGGAGCGGGAAUGUGACGCUGUCGCCGCCCACUGGGGGGAGUGGGAACGGCGGCGUGAAGAGGGGGGAGGAGGGCGAUGGCGGCAUCAUGCCGAUACCCUUCGAGCUGGGCGAUGUCUUGUGGGCAGGUCAGACAGGAGCGUCUGUUUAUCUGUGCGUUGCUGGAGGGUGUGCUGUGUCGUCCUCUGUGUGUGUGUGUGUGUGUCAGUCGUGUUUAGCUUGGGUUGUGACGAGUGGCGGCCUUGGGUGGCAAAGAGCAUAUGGGAGUAUAGGAUGACGGGCAUCGCCCUUCUGGGCAUCCUCGGCUGCUCACUCGCGCUCAUCGCUGACUCACUCCUCGCCGAACUCAUCACCAAGUAACCCCACACCCAUCCAUCCAUCCACUCACCGUCUCCCGUGUCUGUCUGCAAUGUUGAUCAGGCGGCGCUUCUAUUCGUCGAGCAGUAGCAGCCCCUCCCCCACCCCCCCGUCGUGGAUGAGCCUCUUCCAGUCGGGGGGGCCCCCUCUGCGUGAGGAGGACCAGCCUCUGCUGUUCCUGCUCAUGGGGGCCAUGAAGCUCAUGGCCAUCGCACUCGUCGACUACCUCCUGCUGGGCGGGGUCGGCAGCCGCGCUGCCGGUGGGUGGCCCGCCUUUGUGACGGCCUGCAUGUGUGCGGCGGCGCUGCUGGUGGUGGCUAUCGGGCUGGACGGACCGGUUCUUGAGACGUCAACCUAUGCCCCCAGAUACUUUGAGGUCAGGAAACCCACGCCAUCAGAGUGGCACGGACUACGCGGACUCCCUGUUGCGUGAUUGUGGUCAGGAUGCCUUGUUCCUGCCGCACCAUCCCGGCGGUCGCAUGGCCGCUGCGGGAGGGGCGUCGCGGCAGCUGCUGCCCUUUGGCGGCUCGACAUGGAGUGCGGGGGGCAACGUCAACGCACUCAGCAUCGCACCACGGAAGCUGGACCUCAUCACUUACGCAUGCGGUGAGUGGGGGAUGAGGUGAGCACCACGGUGGCUGGCCAUUCCAUCCAUCCAUCCACUGUUUCGGGUGUGUGUGUGUGUUUGUGUUGCUCGCUCAGUUGCCGUGCUGCUGAUAUUCGGCGCUGCCGGGCGUCUGUCCAUCCACUGCUGCCCGGCGAUAUGGUCGCGUGACUGGUCACCCCCCGCCCCCUCCCUGACCUCCCCCCCUUUCAGAGACAACGCCUGUCUUCUCGAAGGCGACAUCCGUCUGCUCCUCGCCCCCCAACGGCCACCAGACGGCGACUCGGCGGCCGCCACCAGCAAUCGCACUGGGAGCGACGCCGACGUCGACCGUCGGUACUCGCUGUUUCGGUCAGAGGAGGCGAUGGUGGCCAUUGUGUUGGGUGGCGGCCUGGAGGAGGGGGGCUGGGUGCUGAGUCACGUGCCGGCGCCGCCAAGGCACCAGGUGUAUGCCUACAGGCGGGACGAGCAGGCGGGGAGCAGCGCGUUGCCCUACCUGGGUGGGGAGGCCUCGCGGUAUGGUGCUUGGGCAAAGUUUGUGGCUGAGCACUAUGAGUGCCUUCCGGAGUGGGUGCUGCUCAUGCAAGGGCAUAGGUAGGUCAGUCCAGUCAGGAUCAGGUGCAGUGCCGUGCCGUCCACCCGGCCAGAUUGGGGCGCUGUGGUGGCUGGCUGCGUGACUGUGUGCAGGUACAUCGGCUCGAAGGACCUCUCGGUGUAUGUGGACGACCUCAGCUGGCUGCCGUCAGUGUCAGAGGGCGACGCCGCGCGCCUGACGGUGUGGAGCCUCACCGACAAAGACGCCCACGCCAAACACGCGAGCGCAAGCUGGUGAGCUGGGCGGCGGAUGACACAAGGCACGGCGACCGACACUCACACACACACACACACACACAGACACAGACACAGACACAGACACACACGCGCACUCUCCCUCUCUCUGCAGGCUCCGCAACCACCACCCCGAGGUCCUGCACGCAUCCAGGUACAUAUUCCCGUCGUCCGAGCCCCUCCCCUCCUCCCUCACCUGGCUGCCCUCCCCCAACCUCGCCGUGCACCGGUCGCAGCUGCGGAAGCGGUCACAGCGGUUCUGGAAGGGCCUCCUGCACUGGCUUGUGGCCACGAGAAUCGACGAUGAGUGGCCCCUGGAGGCGGGCGUGGGUGAGGACGGUUUGUCGACCAAGGAGAGGGUGGUCGAGGUGACGCUGCCGCGGAUACUGCAGACAUCUGUGGCCGAGAUGGGGAAGGCCUGGGGACAGGCCAGGGGGUGAGAUGAGGUUGGACGGGGUGGGACGGGACGGCGGGUCUGUAGUUUGGUUUGGUCCGUUGGUUGCUUGCUUGCUGGCUGACUGGUUGUGUGUGCGUUCCUUCUUUUCCUUCAUGGUUGUACAGAGAGGGUGCCUGCCUCGUGUGCGUGUGUGUGAUGUGACUCAGUGACCUUAAGUGGACAGAUU